AGGAAGCCGUUUAGCACCUCCUCCCCUUCUCAAAAUGAUGGUCCGACUGAAGCGCGCGAGGAAAUACAACUAUUUAUAUUUUUACCGGAUUAUAGACUUGGUGUGCACUUCAGCCCAGAAUAAGACAUAGGCUGCUGCAAAGUUGGUUACACAGAUAGUAAAUUGUUCACGGCAGAUGUCCAGAAGCACCAGGACAAAGUUCUUCGAAGACGUCCUGCCAGUUUGGUCUAGUUUUGCAGUUAAGCCACCAUGUCACUCACAGAUCAUCAUAUCUUUGUCGAACAGCAAAUCUCACAUAAAUUCAAAGUAAAAGUGUUAAGAGCUGAAAAUGUAACCAAAGGACCCCUCGGAGAUCUGUUGGACACUCCGGAUCCAUAUGUGGAAUUGUUCAUCCCCACAUCUCCUGAAAGCAGGAAGAAGACAAGACAUAUAGACAAUGACAUCAAUCCAGAAUGGAAUGAGACCUUUGAAUUCAUCCUGGACCCAAACCAAGAAAAUGUCUUGGAGCUGACAUUAAUGGAUGCAAACUAUGUGGUGGAUGAAAUGCUGGGGACAGUCUCAUAUGCCAUCUCUAAACUCAAGGUUGGACAAACAGAACAGGUGUCAUUCCAUAUAGGAAAAAUGACCAAUGUGUACUGUCAGCUGUCUUUGGAGGACUCAGCAAUGGACCUUCGAUUCAAUCUGGAUCUGUGCAAGAAAGAAAAACUAUACAGACAACUCCGCCGUGACAGAGUCAUGCUCGGCAUCAAGAAAUUGCUACACAUGGAGAAACCUUCCUUUCUCCCAUCCUCUCCCCAUGAGGUUCCAGUGAUAGCUGUCCUGGGGUCAGGAGGAGGUUUCAGGGCGAUGGUUGGAUUCUCGGGAGUAAUGAAGGCUUUGUACGAAUCUGAAGUUCUGGACUGUGUAACAUAUACUGCUGGCCUUUCUGGAUCCACCUGGUACUUGUCUUCUCUGUACUCCCACCCAGAGUUCCCCGUAACGGGCCCUGACCAGAUCAACCCUGAGCUGAUGAAUCGUGUCAGCAGUAACCCUCUUAAACUACUUCUUCCCAACCACAUCACUAACUACGUCCAUGCCCUGUGGAGCAAGAAGGCCGCGGGGCAGCCUGUUACCUUCACAGAUAUCUUCGGGAUGUUGAUCGGCGAGACGCUUAUUCCUUCUAGGAUGGACACCAAGUUGAGUGAUUUGCAAGAGAAGAUAAAUGAAGCGCAGGCUCCUCUUCCCUUGUUCACUUGCCUGCAUGUUAAACCAGAUGUGUCUGAGCUUAAGUUUGCAGAUUGGGUGGAGUUCAGUCCAUAUGAAAUCGGAAUGGCUAAGUAUGGAACCUUUAUGACUCCUGACCUGUUUGGAUGCAAGUUUUUCAGGGGGAAUGUGGUGAAGAAGUACGAAGAGAACCCUCUUCACUUUCUGAUGGGUGUGUGGGGCAGUGCCUUCUCAAUCCUCUUCAACAGAGUUCUGGGAAUGAAUGAUGUGACAAAAGGAAGCACCAUGGAGGAAGAACUGGAGCAGAUCAAACCAGAACACAUCCUAGGAGAGGACUGUCUAGACAAUGAUGAAGACUCUCACAAAGAUGAUGAUUAUCAGUCCAGCUGGAUGCAGCGCAUGGUGAGCUCUUUCUUUAGCGACUCGGUUCUAUUCAAAACGCGAGAGGGAAGAGCGGGGAAAGUUCACAACUUCAUGCUCGGCUUAAACCUCAACAACGACAUGCCACUUUCCUCUUUCACUGAGACCCUUAGCCCUGUAGAGGAAGAGGUUGAUGCUGUGACAGACCCGUUUGAGUUUGAUCGCAUCUAUGAGCCGUUAGACGUGAAAAGCAGGAAGAUCCACGUGGUGGACAGUGGUUUGACCUUCAACCUCCCUUUUCCCUUGAUCCUGAGACCUCAAAGGGGUGUCGACCUCAUCAUCUCCUUUGACUUCUCAGCCCGACCCAGUGACUCCAGUCCUCCAUUUAAGGAGCUCCUGCUGGCCGAGAAAUGGGCACGAAUGAAUAAGCUUCCGUUUCCUAAGAUCGACCCUAGGGUGUUUGACCGGGAAGGACUGAAGGAGUGUUACGUCUUCAAGCCCAAAAAAGGAGAAAGGAACUGCCCUACCAUCAUCCAUUUUGUUUUGGUCAAUAUCGACUUCAGGACGUUCAAAGCUCCAGGAGUUCCACGUGAGACGGAUGAAGAGAGAAAAUUUGCAGACUUUGAUAUUUUUGAUGAUCCAGAGACGCCAUAUUCCACAUUCAACUUCCAGUAUUCAAACCAAGCCUUCACCCAGUUGCAUAAUCUUAUGGAAUUCAACACUCUUAACAAUAUAGAGGUCAUCAAAGAAGCAAUAAAGGACAGUGUUCUGUAUAGGAAGGAGAAUCCAUCUCGCUUCUCUGUCACGCUUCCUCUUAGUAAAGUUCAAAACAAAAAACUGAAGAACUUGACAAAGGAAUCCGGAGGACAAGCGUGCCAAUAGGGGGGUGGAUGUAUGAUGCGAUUCCAGCUACAGGAAGUUUACAGAUAACACCCCUCUCAUCAUGGAAAACACUUUUAACUGAAAAAUAACCAGAUGAUCUGGUUUGAUCCCUCAAAAAUGUUCCAUGUAGCCUUUUGAAGAUAAAGAGUACUCUGUCAAAUCUGUAACAGUUUUUAGCAGAUAAAUAGUCUAAUUGUUCUCAAUGAGUUGUGGUAACUGUAGGGUGUGUGUAAGGUGCCAACAUUCCAGAGUAGACAAAAUAUACAAAAUUAUUUUUUUAUAUAUACAUAAUAUCUUUUUAACUUGCUGAUAGAUGCUUGUGUGUCUUUUAUAAAUGAUUUCCCUCUUAAAAGAAUUGAAAUAGACUUGGAAAAUGUAUAUAUACCUUUUCUAUUAUAAUAAUGGCAACUCUUUACAUUGAGCUUCUGUUAAAUGAACACUUUUUAAUACAUUAGCUAACAUGAACUAACAAUGAACAAUAUUUAUAUAACAGGAUUUAUAUUUAUAUAACAGGAUCUUAGUCCAUGUUAAUUUUAACAUUUACAAAUAUUAUGUUUAAAAUCAAACAUUGUAAUUGUUUAUAUUGGUUAAUGCAUAAAUUAAUAUAAACAACUGUAUCGGCAUUAACCACCAUUAACAACAAAUAUUAUUAAGUGCUGAAAAACUAUAUUGCUCAUUGUUAGUUCAUGUUAAUGCAUUAACUAAUGUUAACAAAUCUUAACUUGUGAAGUGUUAACAUAUUAAUUAAAACACUGAAAGCCCCUUUGGGCUUUUGGCGGGUUUGUUAAAUGACAA